AUGGCUACCCGAGCGAACUCCGUCCCCCACCCUACAUUGGUCGAGGGCAUCCACAACCGGUGGCAUCCAGACAUCCCCCCAUUUGCUACGGUGAAGCCGGGAGAAGUGUUCAAGGUUCAGUGUGUCGACUGGACCGGGGCUCAAAUCGGCAACAAUGACUACAGCGACGAUAUUAAGAAUGUCGACCUCACCAAAAUCCACAACCUCUCUGGUCCUAUAGCAGUUGAGGGUGCUGAGCCCGGUGACUGCCUAGUUGUGGACAUCCUGGAUGUCACUCCUUUCGAUAAGAUGCCUUGGGGCUACACCGGUAUCUUUGAGUUGGAAAACGGCGGCGGUCUGUUCGCGCGGGAAUUCAAAAGUAAGGCCGCAAAGGCUAUCUGGGACUUCAAAGGCGUGUAUGCAACGUCGAGGCACAUCCCGGGCGUACGGUUUGCGGGCGUGACUCACCCAGGUCUGAUUGGCACGGCACCCUCCCCGGAGCUGCUUGCGACCUGGAACCAGCGCGAGGGAGAGCUCGUCGCUGCGAAUCCGAACGCUGUCCCGCCCGUGGCACUCCUGCCGGUCUCGACUGGAGCAUACGUCGGCCAAGACCUGCCGGACGAUGUCCGCGCCAAGAUCUACAGGGAGGGUGCGCGAACCGUCCCUGGACGGGAGCAUGGUGGUAACUGCGAUAUCAAAAAUCUGUCAAAAGGUUCACGCUGUUACUUCCCUGUCUUCGUGAAGGGCGCAAAUCUGUCGGUCGGCGACCUGCAUUUCUCGCAGGGUGACAUCUCAUUCUGCGGAGCGAUUGAGAUGGCUGGAAUCAUCACUUUCAGCACGAGCAUUAUCAAGGGUGGCGUCGAGAAGUUCGCCAUGAAGCAGCCGAUCUUCCUGCCUUCCCCCGUUGAUCCACUUUACUCCGCAAAGCUCAUCUUCGAGGGAAUAAGCGUUGACCUCCACGGAGAUGGCAAGCAAUACGACAUGGAUGCCACCGUCGCCUACAAACAGGCCGCGCUCAAUGCCAUCGCAUAUUUGAUGAAGCUCGGUUACACGCGCGAACAGUCCUAUCUCCUGCUCUCGGCAGCACCUGUGGAAAGCCACGUCGGCGCCAUCGUCGACUCCCCGAACGCCUGCGUCACGCUGGCCCUCCCCCUGGGCAUCUUCGAGCACGACAUCCUGCCCAAAGACGAAGGCCUCACAAAGCACGAUUAUGGCCAAUGUGCCAUCAGGAGCGAUGGUGUUGUCUGA